AUGCGUGCGGCCUGGAGCGCGGUCCCCGCCCAGCGGCAGACGCGGCCGCCGGCGCUGGCGGUGCCGCUGGCCGCCGCCCUGGUGGCCGCCGCCCCCACGGAGGCGGCGCCGGGGGCGGACUGGCCGCUCGACGCGUCCGACGUGCCGCCGCCCGCCGUGCGCUUCGUCACCGACAACUCCAGCAUCGUCACCGCGCAGACCGGCUCCACGGCGCUCAUCCCCUGCGUUGUCAGCAACCUGGGUGACGGCAUGGUGUCGUGGAUCAGGCGCAAGGAUUACCACCUGCUGACCGUGGGUCUGGUGACGUACACAGGGGACGAUAGGUACCAGGCCAUCCACGUGCAGCACUCUGAGGACUGGACGCUGCAGAUCAAGUAUGUGCAGCAGCGCGAUGCUGGUCUGUACGAAUGCCAAGUGUCGUCACAUCCGCCCACGUCUAUCUUCAUCGACCUCAGAGUAGUGGAGGCGAGAGCGGAGAUCGCGGGGCCGUCGGAGAAGUACCUGAAGCUGGGCAGCGCGCUGCGAUUGGUGUGCACGGUCCGGCAGAGCACGGAGCCGCCCGUCUACGUCUUCUGGUACCACAACAACCGCAUGGUCAACUACGACGCCGACCGCGGCAUCAACGUCACCACCGACCGACCAGCCAAGUCGAGCACGCUGCUGGUGCCCAGCGCCGCGCGCGAGCACUCCGGGAACUACUCGUGCGUGCCCAACGACGCGCAGCCGGCCAGCACCUACGUCCACAUACUCAACGGAGAGAACCCCGCGGCGAUGCAGCACGGCGGGCGGGCGCUGUCUUGGCUACGAUGUCCCUCGGCGUGGUUGUUGCUGGCCAGUAUAGCAGCCGCUCUGUGCGCCGGGCCUGCCGCCGUCCUAGGGGCCGAUCCAUAGCGCGCCACCGCCGUCUGAACAUGUCUGCAUUGUCUGAGAUCACCCAGCGGAGGUUGACGAGUGUCUGGUGGCAGACUGUCACUCGGGUGUGCGACUUACGUGUGAACGAUUUCAGGGGAACUUCCCCUACCGACUGCUGGAGCAAGAGCGUUUUGUAUGGGAUUGAUGGAAGAUGGGUGGUGGCCAGGUGGGAGGUGGCUUAGUGGGGCGUUCAGACAUCUUCAGCUAAUGCUACGAACAUGUUGUAGUUAUAUGCCUAUUCAUAUCAAUAACUGUGUCUCUGAAUUGUUAACACGACGUUAAAGGUGGGCUAAACCGACGGAAUCUCAUCCUUAUACUACUAUGGUGGUUCUUCAUUUGUGGAACAUCACAAGAACAUUACGUGGUGCUUUGCGGUUAAGGACGUCGGCACUAACCUCAAAAGACUUCUUACGUCAAAUAUGAGUGUGCUAACGGCCAACGUAUACUAUUGAUUCCACCGAGUGCGAACGCCUAUGUCCAGUGAAUGAACAUGAAACUGAAUUCCGUAAUUCCAUAAUACCUAUUCAUUCCUUUUUUUCUUAUCCGCCCUUAACCUGGAAGUGGCUCGUCAGGAAAUAUACGUAAAUUAUUUUAAUAUUAAAAUUAUGGGACAGAGACGGAAUCUGGACUUGUGCGAACUGAAUCAUGACACACUAUUUUCUAUAAAUAUUGAACAGAUCGGAAAUAAAAAUGAAAAAUCAUUAUUUUUAUCUCUUAAUUUCAAAGAGUAGUGUUUUACAUGUUGUAUGCUCAGUAUCCGAUACUUACUACGUUCUACUUGUGUUUUCUGUGUCAUUACUUCUUUUCCUAGCAUGGUAUUGUACCUGUAAAAAUUUGUUGUGAAUUACUUGUAUGCUCAGUAUAAGAGUUGUUAUGAAAUUGUUGUUGAAGAAUUCAUAGUUUUUAACAGAUGUUUGAAAUUGUCGUGUGUAUUACAAUUCCGUUCCAUCGUGUAGAGGUUUUCCUUAAAGAAAUUCAUUUAAUGGACAUAAAUACUAAUCAUUCUAAGUAGACAAAUAUUCUCGUGUCGAAAAUUCUAAAGAUUUUACAAACAAACAAAGAAAUGUAUGAAUUCUUGCAGCAAAAGAAAAAGAAAGUACUGCACUUCAAAGCUCGUAAACCAUAUGAUUUUGAACCUCCUUGCUACUGAACUACCAAAAAACUAUCAUUCUCUUACUAUUACUACGAAAGAGGAGAGAUAGCCGCUAUCUUUAACGAGACGACUGAUGUGAAAAUCUUACAUGCCUGCAAACCAGGAAAACUUUUUACAAUUUCGUUUACAUAAAUAUCUGAAAACUUUAUCAUUAUACAAGCGUUAUGAUUAACGUGAUUCCUCUCUGAACUGCAAGCUGUGUUAACUAAUAUU